AUGGACUUUAAAGAAAAAUUGAAUUAUUUUAAUGCUCAAGCUGACAAAGAGCUCUCUAAGUAUCCACAAUUGGUCAAGUUGGAACAACAAACUAAUGUUCCAAAAACUUAUAUGGCCGCUGGCGUUGUAGCCUUUGUAUUUACAUUGAUAUUUUUCAACAUUUGGGGUGAAUUACUUUCUGAUAUUAUCGGCUGGCUUUAUCCAGCCUAUGCUUCAUUUAAGGCUAUCGAAAGCAAAGAGACCUCAGACGACGUUCAAUGGCUUACAUAUUGGACUGUGUAUGGAUUUAUCAAUAUGGUUGAAUUCUUUUCCGAUUUUAUACUCUAUUGGGUUCCAUUCUAUUUCCUCUUCAAAACUGUCUUUUUCCUUUGGCUUUUACUUCCACCUUUCAAGGGUGCUCAACUUAUUUAUACCAAAUUUUUGAGGCCAGCUCUCAUUUCUUAUCAAGGUGACAUUGAUAAGAACAUAAAUAAAUGGAAAAAUAAAAUUGAAGAUGUAGCAAGAGAUGCCGCUCAAAGCGCAAUGGAAGCUUCUAAAUCGGAGAAAUCGGAAUAA